CUCCGCAGGCAGGAGUCUCUCGCUGUGGGGAGUGUAGUGGAGGAGAGGCGAGGACACGCUUGUGCUCAUCAAAACACUUUUACCUGUUUUCUGCGGGAUUAAAGUAGCACCUGAAGCAGCGAGCUCCUCCACAGCAAUGCGCCGGAGCCCUCAGUGAAACCCGUCUCGGCGACCCGUGUGAAGAGGCUUUACGCUGGCCAGAUCGAAGCACUCGGCGGAUCUGGAUAGACUGACGGCCUGCCGCCGGAGAGCAUGACGACGGACGUGGUGAUCGUGAAGGAGGGAUGGCUCCACAAGCGAGGAGAGUACAUAAAGACGUGGAGGCCGCGGUAUUUCUUGCUGAAGAGUGACGGUACGUUUAUCGGCUAUAAGGAGCGUCCGCAGGACGUGGAUCAGCUGGAGACGCCGUUAAACAACUUCUCCGUGGCACAGUGUCAGCUGAUGAAGACGGAGCGGCCCAAACCCAACACAUUCAUCAUACGCUGCCUGCAGUGGACCACUGUCAUUGAGCGCACCUUCCAUGUGGAGAGGCCUGAGGAGCGGGAGGAAUGGACCAAAGCCAUCCAGACCGUGUCCGACAGUCUGCAGAAACAAGAGGAGGAGAUGAUGGACGCGUCUCCAGAACACAUGGACAUGGAGAUGUUUCUGACCAAACCUCGGCUCAAAGUGACGAUGCACGACUUCGAAUACCUCAAACUGCUGGGAAAAGGCACUUUUGGGAAGGUGAUUCUGGUGAAGGAAAAAGCAACGGGAAAAUAUUACGCCAUGAAAAUCCUCAAGAAAGAAGUGAUUGUAGCCAAAGAUGAAGUGGCUCACACACUCGCAGAGAACCGUGUGCUGCAGAACUCCAAACACCCCUUCCUCACGGCUCUGAAGUACUCUUUCCAAACCCACGACCGCUUGUGUUUCGUCAUGGAGUACGCAAACGGAGGAGAGCUUUUCUUCCACUUGUCUCGGGAUCGGGUUUUCUCGGAGGAUCGCGCGCGUUUCUACGGAGCAGAGAUCGUGUCUGCGCUCGACUACCUGCAUUCAGAGAGAAACGUGGUCUACAGGGACCUGAAGCUGGAAAACCUGAUGCUGGAUAAAGACGGUCACAUAAAGAUCACUGACUUUGGCUUGUGUAAGGAGGGAAUCACAGACGGAGCCACCAUGAAGACCUUCUGUGGGACUCCAGAGUAUCUGGCUCCUGAGGUGCUGGAGGAUAAUGACUACGGUCGUGCGGUGGACUGGUGGGGUUUGGGUGUGGUGAUGUAUGAGAUGAUGUGCGGUCGUGUAUGGUGUGUCCCUCAGCUGGUUCCUCCGUUCAAACCGCAGUCGACCUCAGAGACAGACACCAGAUAUUUCGACGAGGAGUUCACAGGACAGACCAUCACCAUCACACCGCCGGGACAAGGUGACAGUGUGGAGUCGUUCGACAGCGAGAGGAGGCCACACUUCCCGCAGUUCUCCUACUCGGCCAGCGGAACGGCAUAAACCCACACAGCCGCUCUGAGACCCAGCACUGCACCGGUUUACCACGUUUACCACGUUUACUGCGUCUGGAUCUGUGAUGUUCAUCCGUUCCACGUUGCUUCUGUGGCCUUUGAUUUCAUGUUUUCUGAGGAUAUGUGAGGGAACACUAACAUCUCCACUCAAACUGCCAAAUUAAUACAGAACUGAUUGUGUAGCACUUCUUUAAUCUGGAAACUAACGGCUUGCCAAGUAUUACUGUAUUUACAUUCAAAAACACCUGACCAAUUGAAACGUACCGCAGAAUAGCAGCUUUUAUAUGAAUAUCUAGAAUGUCAUUCUGCUACGUUUGUAAUUAUACACGAUUUUCCUCGGCCGUCUCGACCCCCGAAGUAUUUUCAGACUAAAUUUCACUUGCAUCUGUGAUCAUUUGCAUCGAAUGUGCAAUAUAGUAGAAAUGUAGAUAAAUUAUUUUUUGUAAUGAUUAAAAUGACUGAAUUCCACUUAACACACCAAAUUAACUUAUUAAAACCCCCACCAAUAUAGUAAAGGAGUGAAAGCUGUCUAGAACAUUUCUGAAUCAUAUUUCAAUCAAAAAGAACAAUAAGCAAUUAUAUUUUGCUUUAAGAAAAUAAAGCCUGUUUUUAGGACCAAAAACGAUGGAAUUUAAGUGAUGAGAAUCAGAUGAGAAGAAUGAUAGGAACAAAUCAAAUGUAUGCAUGAGAAUGAGAAUUUAAAGAUUAUGAAAUGAUAGAAUUUAGAGUUUAAAUGCGUCACUAAUCCUAAUUUAUGAUAUGAUGCAAUUUUAUCAAAUUGAGUCAUUACAGUUUCUUUUAGUGAAAACAGUGGCUUUUUUUUUUUUGCAUGUUACCUUUCCAUUUUUGGCAUUGAAUAAAUUAUUUUGGGUUUCAUAACUAUUUUGCCAUUUAAAUACGGCAUAAAAAUAUGGAAGCAUGUUUCCGCCAUGGGAUAAAAAAAAAGGUUAUUGCAACUUUUUAUCUCAUAUAUCUUUACGUCUUAAUUCUGACUCUCUUUCUCACAAUUCUGACUUUUAUUCUCGUAAUUUUGAGGGGGGGGGGGUCUGAAUUUAAGAUAUAAACU